GAAGAAAUCGGAUCUUGGAGAGAUCGGGAGCUGGAAAAAGAAAAAGCACACGCAUGCACUAAAAAAAAGACAAACCAAACCAACAGCUACUGUACUGGUACAUGUACCACGCCAACCAAUACGACGAUGUCUAGUGCCAGCAAAAAGCGCAAGUCGGAUGAGGAGGACACUCCUGAAGAGGAAGAGGGCAGGACGGAGAAGAAGAAGAGUAAAAAAGACAAGAAGAAGAAGGAAAAGCACUUUUGGAAAGGAUGGCCCACCAAACUGAUUCGCAAGGUGACUUUGGUCAACGAGGCUGAAGAUCGAUUGCCCGUUCAUACACUGACCUUUGAGAUUCCCACUCCCGCUACUUCUAGUAGUAGUACUACUACUAGUGAGGAUAAGAUGAUUCCCCAUACGUCGGUUUGCAUGGAACUGGGCGACGUGGUCAAGAUGGUGAUUCCCGGCUACAAACCAAAAUCCUAUUCCAUGUGCCGCAAAACGGACCAAGAAUUCGACUUGACACUCAAAGUCUAUCCGGAUGGAAGAGCGUCGGGAUAUCUCGAUCGAUUGGCCGUGGGAGACACGGUGGGAAGUUUUGGACUCCGCAAAAACAAGCAACACAAUCCGGGAGCCUUUGUUGGUAUCAUUUGUUUUGGGGUGGGAAUCACCGAGGGAUUGCCCGUGGCACGUGCACAACUAGCACUAGAAGAUGGUACCACAAAAGUGGUGCUACUAUGGGCAUCACGCACCACGGCAGAUACGUUUUGGAAGGAUUCCAUUCAACAACUGCAAGAACAAUACCCCAACAAAUUUCAAAUGGUCCAUAUUCUUUCUCGAGAAGAAAAAGAAGAAUGUCUCCAUGGCCGUAUCAAUCCGCAGAUACUCGGUCAAGUAUUCCGACCAGACGACAAAGCUCAGGCUAGAUUCGUUUCCGUGGGAACCAAGGAAAUGAUGAAACAAACCGACCAAAUGUUGCUACAGUUGGGGUAUACAUUCCCACAGAAUCUGUUGCUCCCAAAACAACAAGAAGAAACUAAGGAGGGUGGAAAACAAGAAGAGGAAGACUAGCAAUUUAGAAUAGAAUUGUGCGGGAGUAGGGGCCGUGCAAUUACACAUACAAUAGGAUGAAACAUCCAUCUGUGAUGCCAAAGCAAAACAAUUCUCCAAUCGAAUCGUCCCAUCGAUCGUCCUGCGAUCCACCGAGCUGUACGUCGAGCAGAGCCCACGAUAAUUCGAUACCUCAUGCAGUGGACGGGAGGGAUCAAAAGGACAUGAGAAAGGGUAGUGCACAGAACUAAUAAGUCUUGCAGUGAGAGUUACAAACGUUUGACUCGCACAAAAUUGUAAAUUGUGUUGUAAAACCAUUCACCAAAAUGGUACUCGCUUC